AUGUCGUCACCUUUCCAAGAUGGCCUCGCUGCGCUCCCUGAUACGAUAGAACGUACCUCGAUAUACACCAUGCUGGAAAAUCAAUGUGAUAGCGAUUCACCCUCUCUUGCCUUAGUUCAAAGGCUACCAACACCCCUUGUGGAAAAUGACAGGGAACCAUUUAGACUUCUUCCAUGGUUCGCCAUCGAAGAUCUUCUUCUACAGUUACAUGAUCUGCCCACGCUACAUCAUUUGUGUCGAGCCUCCCCAGCCGUGACAGACUACCUGAAUCACACGCCUGGGUUCUUUCCUAAGGUUGUUGAAAAACUCAUGGAACGCUGGCAGGAUCGGCAUGGUCUUGAGCGGGGUUAUGUCCGUGACAUUCAGGGAUGCGCAUGGCUUCUUUCACAGCUGCGUACACCUUUGCCAGUCGUCAUAUAUCAAGCGUCUCACCUCACACAUCGCAAGAGACCGUGGCCAAGAGAUGGGACUCGACCUCACGGCACCCCGAUCAGCGCUUACACGGAUGAAACCUAUGUUCUCUCCUGGAUAGAAGAGCAGCGGUUGACGCUAGCCUUGCUGAAGCCCUACAUGUUCUCGACACUGCGGCGGGUUAUCUGCGAAAAAGGGAUCGUAAAAUCCGAUCCUCCUCUCGCUGUCGGAAACGGUUGGUGCCCGCAUACAUUCAACCAUCUGCAAGAAGGUAACUUGAUAGAUUUCUGGGGCCCUUUUGCCCAUGGCUGGGCGGAGUCAUUAGACAUGGAGCAGCUGCGCACAGUGGUGGCUUGGUUUGAUGCCGACAAGCCAUUGCAUGGCAUGCCACUCAAGGGGCCUGAUGAGUUUAUUACCUGUUGCCCGGAGGUUAUCACUUUUGAACCAACGCGUAAGGAGCUUAGAUCCAAAGAUCCUUUUCAUCAACGCUCCAUUGAAGGGUGCUUUUGGGCGCAAUCCUGCACGGACGCGCCGCAAUCUGGCGUUGAAGAGGCCGGCCUACGGGGCGAAUUUAGGAAGUUCGGGGUGAGUUUCUGGCAUAACCACAGGAUGAUUUCGCUGGGGCUCAUGCUACCGCGGAUCAGGAGCCAUAACGACCGCAAAGAUCUUGCGUUUAGAUGGACAUCUCUGUUGGAGCCGAAGGACGAAGAAAAGCUCAAGGAUAAGGGAGAGAAAUCGGUGAGACGUCCCAAGCCAAUCAGUCCUCCACAGCCAGGCCACCGGGCCUAA